UCUAAAGAGGACAUCCAACAACCCUAGUAAGAAAAAGCCAAGUGAAAAAGUUGCUGCUGUUAGAAUUAUGCAGGAAAUAGAGAUGGACAAUAUUUAUGAGGAACCAGAAUAUAGAGGAAAAAUAAAAGAAGAUGCCAACCAAGCAGAGAUGAGAGUCUGUCGACUGCUUUUUCUCAGCUUUGGCAUACUGUGUAUCAUUCAAGCCAGUCUUAAUCUUGCUCUACGACUUACAUCAUACUCCAACCAGAACACAGCACAAUAUAGUGAUGAAGGACUUACGCUCAACGAACUGCAGGAUAUGAAGAACGCUUUGACCAGAGACCGAAAGACGCUUGAAAAUAGAAUAAUGGAACUCCUCAACAAGGUUGAGACUUUGAAGGAAGAGAGAGCUAAGCUAGAAAUAUCACUGUCAGACAUGCACAGUUGUAAAUCUCCCAAACAGUGUCCACCAGCGUGGAAGCUAAUCAACAGCAAGUGUUACUUGCUGUCUACAGAGAGUAAGACGUGGAUGGACAGCAGAAAGGACUGUCAGAGUAAAGGAGCUGACCUGGUGAUCAUCAACAGUGAACAAGAGCAGACGGCAAUAUAUCGUCUGGAUGGAAAUGAGCGCCUCUUGGUCUGGAUCGGUCUACAUGGCACAAAUGGCUCUUUCAUAUGGGUUGAUGGUUUGACACCGAAAACACAAUUUUGGCAGCGGGGGCAGCCUGACGGUGGUGGUCCAAAUAACACACAGGCCUGUGUGGAGAUGUACCAUAAAUAUCCUGUGUCUAGUAGCUGGAACGAUGCCUCGUGUGAACUCAAGCGCCGCUGGUUGUGUGAGAAGGAUCUGUGUCCUUAGCCAUAAUGGACUGGAGAAAUGAUUGUAAAUGCAUGUAAAUGUCUGUAUCUACAAAUACAAUGUAUUUUCUCAAAUAGCAGGUUAAAGGUUUAAGAAUUGUUAAAAAAAAAAAUUAAAACAAUUUUAACAGCUACUGGUAAGAUAAAACAUACCAUGAUUCAGUUGAGGUUUUGAGGAACGUUUUUGUUUUACUUGAAUGAUUUUCUGGGCAAAUUUGUUGUGGGAUGAACGAUCAUAUAUGUUUUUUUAUUUUAGGAACCAUACAAUUGUGCAAAUAAACGGGAUUAUUUACAUUGAUAAUGCUCGUUAAUAUAUGUGGCAGAUCAAACAAUGCUCGCAUGAUGUGGUACAAACAAAUCCCGAUUUGCACAGUCAUUGCUCAAAUAUUUUAAGAUACUAAUGGAUAAAGAUUAAACUUUAGUCCAUAUUUCACAUUUAAAUGAGCUCUGGAUAGAAGAGUUUAAAAUUUGGCUCCCCCUGCUUUAUGAUCUAUGUACUUAAGGAGAUGAUUAUGUGUUGAAGUGACUGUUAUUUUUCAUACAUGCAAAUUUAAUGAUAACACCACAGAAAUGUACUACAUAACCAGCUGGACUGAAGAGGGAACAGAUUUACUAUUCUAUCAUUAGCCCUCAUAUUGAAUUUAUUGUGUACUGUCCUGUAUUAUAAUUACUAAAAUAUGUCAGAAAUAAUAAUCAGUUUCUAUAUAUUUGACCACUGUUUAAAAGUUAUUUGUGAAAAUUCUGAAAUACAUGCAAUCUGUUUCAUGUCAGGCCAGUAUGGUUUGAAAAACAGCAAUAAUUGAAAAGUUUGCAGCUGCUUUUCAAGCUGCAGAUCAAUGUAGAGAUAAGAGUUUCUCAGUAAUAGACCUGCUGGUAUUACUGAACCUUUGCAUGAUGCAUGUUUUGUUGCAAUAUAUAUGUAGAAAUUCUUCAUGCUUUUCAGAUGUAGUGGACGAAGAUAUUAUCGCUGGUUAUGUCGCAAAAUAAUUCGGUUGUUGCAUCUCUUUUUAUUAUGAACUCCUGUGACCUGAAACUUUAACAUUUAUUGAAUAAUUAGCUAAAAUGAGAAUAUAAAAAAGGCCUGUCUUCUGUGCUGUGUCUAAUGUCAAGACCCCGGAUCCGUGGACAGCUGGUUACAAUUUAUUUGCAUUUCAACUCGUAGAUAGAUAUAUUUUUCAUGUUAAAAAAAACGUUAACAAAAACAAACAAACACAACAAAAAAACUGAAGCUACAAUUGAAGUGUCAAUAAUUGCAAAGAAGCCAAAUAUUUUCUCUUUGCAUCUUUUUAUAUACAUAAACAAACUUUAAUAUCACAUAAUAAUCUGAGGUUAAAAUGGAGACAUCAUUGCAAAGACACAGGCUGUGGGUAGCUGUAAUCCAAUAUUGAGAGUAUGCCACUUUCCCAUCCCUAAUGCUCCCAUAAUCAACCCUCCCAUUGUUCCCAAGGUUCCUGUCCAUGAGGACCAUCUUCCAGCUGCAGCUACAGUCGCACCCACAGACACCCCAGUUGCUCCCAUGACACCUAGCAGAGCUCCAGCUGUCCCACCAUCACCCAGAAUAGGGGCUAAAAUCUCCAAUCCAGCCAACAAACUUCCUGCCACGGAAGCUGCCCCUGCUAUAACCUUUACCUCUCCAGCAGAGCUCCUCACUAGUGCCCCUCCGACUGUAGCACCCAAGCCCAAUUGGCACAAUUUUGCACCAAAGAAUGAUGUCUUUACAGCUUCCAGCGAGGAGUGGUAAUUCAUUCGAGUGCUGAUUUGUUCUCUGGACAGGGUCUGCCCUGCUGCUCUCAUCUUUAUCGCAGUUGUUACAACCACCUGCCCGGCAUGUAGGGUGAGCAUGGCAAUUACGAAAAUUGCAAACAUUCCCAUGCAUCCCACCAACAUCCAAAACUUAAAAUCAGAAGAUUUGAGCAUGAAAUAACCUAUCAAGGCAACUAAGGCCAGAAGUGCUAGAAACACUGACUGAUGACCUCCAUAACCAAGCAAGCCAAAUCCAGAUGUCACAAUGACAACUAUUGUCAUCGGGAUCCCAGAGAAAGCCAAAAAGUCAACAUGUCUGACCAUUACAGUGUUGAUCCAGUCUUGGAUGGUUCUUUGUUCCAUCUCAGCCUCUUGAUUCACAAGCCUUCUCCUCUCUAUCUGCUCCCUUUCUCUUUGCUGGGAAGCCCACGUUGCACUGUCCUCCAUUUUGUUUGUGCUCCCACCCUUCUCCAGGGAUAGGAUCCUCUGCUCAAUCAGCACUGUGACCUUUUGUCUCUGCUGCAAGUCAGUGAUCUCAAUGUUCUCUUGCUCCCUGGACCACACCUCUGAUCCCAGAGUGCAGCAGAUCUCUCCCUGCUUCCAGAAGAGCUUGAAUACAUAACGCAGGGGUGUUUUGAGCACAGUGAAAAAGCUCAGAGCCCACAGAAGUCCCACCAUGCCGUAUCCCUUAACAAUCCACUCUAUUACCAUGCCGAAUGUCGCUCCACUGAGUGUGGUACCAAUGGCACUUGCAAAUCCUGCUGAAGCCCACAAUCCAACAGAAUUUUUAUGGGAGCUAGUACAGGUUCUCCAAGUCACGAACACUGAAGCAACCACGGCUGCGAAGAUAACACCAGCUAUGACAGAGGUCAUUGCUGUCGUUAGGGCGGUAGCUCCCAAAAGGCUCCCCAGCCCCAGGGCACCCACGACCCUGACCUCCUCCAUCACUGGCUUUAGCGAACCACUUGUAGUCAUCAUUGAAACAAUUUUAUCCAUUGGGUCUUCUGUUGCUCCCAGUAUGCAGCCUCCUAUUGCUCCAAGGGCAAAUCCCAUAGCUGCCUCCUUUAACUUGCUUUUGGCUCCUAAUCUAGCGCGUGUCAUGAUGUUCUAAGAAGAAAAUGAAGAAUCUUCCUCCACGGCAAGUUGGUAAAGCUCCUGUGUGUUGACAGCUCCUCUGUGUUGACUGCGCACUGUGCCCAGGAAAAUGUGUUUGAAAAGGCUUUU